AAAAAGCGUUCUACGGGAAGUGAGAAGGAAAAUCCAGUAGGAUUCACGGCUAUUAGGGAUUUUUCUUCAAUUAAUUUCGAAGCUGCAGUGCCUCAAGAAAAACAAUAGGAUAUUGCUAGCAAAUAAAACACAACCAUUGCCAUGUCUGAGACAUACGAUUUUCUGUUCAAAUUCCUAGUAAUUGGGAAUGCAGGAACUGGAAAAUCAUGUCUACUUCACCAGUUUAUUGAGAAGAGAUUCAAAGACGAUUCGAAUCACACCAUUGGAGUGGAGUUUGGCUCAAAGAUAAUCAACGUGGUAAACAAAUAUGUCAAACUCCAAAUCUGGGACACUGCGGGACAAGAGAGAUUCAGGUCUGUUACACGGAGUUACUACAGAGGCGCUGCUGGAGCCCUGCUUGUAUAUGACAUCACCAGCCGGGAAACCUACAACGCCCUGACCAACUGGCUGACAGAUGCCAGGAUGCUGGCCAGCCAAAAUAUUGUCAUAAUCCUGUGUGGUAACAAGAAGGACUUGGACGCAGACCGGGAGGUCACCUUCCUGGAGGCGUCUCGCUUUGCUCAGGAAAAUGAGCUUAUGUUUCUGGAGACAAGUGCUCUGACAGGGGAGAAUGUAGAGGAGGCCUUUGUGCAGUGUGCCAGGAAAAUCCUCAACAAGAUAGAGUCAGGAGAGUUGGACCCGGAGAGGAUGGGAUCAGGGAUCCAGUACGGAGACGCCGCGCUGCGCCAGCUGCGCUCCCCUCGCAGGGGACAGGCCGAGAGCGCUCAGGAAUGUGGCUGUUAGUGAACACGCUCAGUAUGCCCAGGACCAAGGCAGGUUGGUGAAGACUUCGAGGAAAGAUGAGAUGUAGGGAACAUGAUACAGGGCUCAUAAUGGUGGAGCGACUCUUCUCUGACCUUUUAUCUUCCCAACUUCUGGAUGUUCCGUCAGAGACCCACAGAGAGUCCUGGAUUCCUGGCCCUACUCUGGACUGCUGAGCUUGUUCCUAGGCCCCUCAGACACAGGCAGAGAGUCCUGUUUCAUCUUACUCAAGCCCUUUAAUCAUCUGGGCUGUAUUCAUAAAGCCUCUCAGAGUAUGAUUGCUGAUAUGAUUUGUUUUUCCUUUUUAUAUAAUAAUGAACAAGAUAACAGGGAACCCAAAUCCUAGAUCAGCACACUAAGUCUGAGAUGCUAUAUGAUAAUGACCCCUGACAUCUUACUUUCACCCCUGUACUUCUGCCCUAUGCUACCCAUAGCAUAUUGCAUUAUGUACAGUGUUAUCUGUAUAAAGAACACAUCAUAUAGUCCCUCAAAGCAGUGGUUCCCAAACUGUGGGGCGCGUCCCUGUCGGAAGGGGAGUUGCAGCGUGGGUGCAGGGUGAAAAAAUGUCCAGAUCAACUAGCCCAAGUUUUUUCAGCUAGGUUUUUUUAGCCCACUGAUAUUGUUGUAAUGUUUGAGUCACUCAGAUAUCACAUGAACACACAAGACAUGGCGGAAUGUGUAGAAUUGCAGGAAAUUAGCUUUAAAACUGCCAAGAAGGGAUGUGAACAGUUACUGUCAUGGACAGUGCUUGUGCCCAUGGAAAUAGACAGAUGUUCCCCAGUGAUGGAAGGGGGGGGAGCGGGGCUGAGUGAGUUUGGGAACCACUGCCUCAAAGCAUAUUUUAUGGACUGAAUAUCAGAAUUUAAUUAUUAGCUGAAGAAUAAUCUAUCAAUUAUGUAAUGUUAUAGUGAGAAUUAUCAUUCAGCACUGUCUCACGCCUGCUGGUUUCAUUGACCCGUUGUUUGGGUUGUUCUUUGUGUUGAUAUUAUUAGUUGUUGUUUUUCCCUCCCUAAUUGUUAUGAGUCAUGCUUUUUUAAUUUAUUCUCAAUGAUAUAGAAGCUCUUUUUAAAAUAAAGUAUUCAAAAUGUAUGUUUGUAUAUUGUUCUAAGGUGAUUCCUCUUUGUCAUCUUUAUUACUUAAGUGUGUAAUAUCCAUUUAGAAUACUUGGUAAAUUGUUGUUAUACCUGUAGUAACUUUCUAAUAAUUAUUCAUAGCUGUGUAAUAGUAUAUUUAUGGAGUUGUAUAGGUUUUGUUAUUACACAGGUGGAUAAACUGGGUCACAAGCUGGCUGCACGGUGAGCUACUUCCCUUUUGACACCUUGCACCAAAGUUCAUAUGAUUGAUGACAGUCAUUUAAUUCAAUGACCAUUUUCCUAAUGCAGGUCAGAGGGCUUUUCAGUGCACUUUGGCUGUGUUUAGAAAGGCAGCCCAAUUCGGAUAUUUUUUUUAUUAUUGGUCAUUUGACAAAUCAGAUCAGCUCUGAAAAAGACGAAUUAGUGGGAAGAAUAUCAGAAUUGGGCUGCCUGUGUGAAAUGGCAGGCUCCAGAAUGUUAUUGUGUCUGUCUGCUUAGAUUGACCGUUUGCAAGAUUGCUGUGUCGUAUUAAUAUAGUUCCUGAGACCUAAAACUAACCCAGGUUCGAUGCGACUGAAGAAAAUAACCUACAAUGCCACCAUUGUGUUGAGAUGAUUGACAGCAAAUCCACUGAUCCCCUCUCCUCAGGGUAGGACCAAGUUCUACAGUAUUUUGAAGAUUGAUGUUUUCGAUGGGGAGAAAAGGCAACGCCAGCUACAGUUCUGAAAUUGCCCAUCUGUCCUCCAUUAUGGUACUGUAUGUCCUCUUCCCUCUUUUCCCGUUUGUUACAUUUCAGAGUAUUACAGUAUGGCAUUUAUCUGUAUUUUUGUUUAAUGACACGCUCCAGCAGAUUUUAUUUUGAAGAAUAUUUGUCAUGCUGAUAAAUGUAUGUGUAUCCAGGUGAAAUGCUUUUCAAUCUCAUUACUAUAGUAGAUAUUUACUGGCAUGUGUUUCGACAGGUAAAUCAAUCAAAUAAGUCAAACGAUUUAGUAAAAAGUAGUUUAUGAAUUUUUUUAAGCCUAGCACACAAUGUCAAAAUACUUGUACAUCAAAUUGCAAUCUGAUACCUGUAUCGGCUCCGUUUGAAUGUGUAAAAGCUUAAACAUUUAAUCAUACAAAGUAGUGAUUUUUUUUAUCAGUUGGAGCUGGAUAUUUGCUCCCUCCACAGAAGUCUACCAUUCAUGUUGACUGUGAUCCACAACUCAACUUUUUUUCUAAAUAAUUUAUACUGAACAAAAAUAUAAACGCAACAUGUAAAGUGUUGGUCCCAUGUUUCAUGAGCUGAAAUACAAGAUCCCAGAAAAGUUC